AAAUAUAGUACAUAUAAUAUGUAAAUUUUAUUAAUGUAACAAAGUGGAAUUAUUAAAUUGUGUCAGCAUGUAUAGACGGAUUUUAUUAUUUGAAAAUGCAAUACUUCAAAAUAAAUAUACUUUUAAUAAGCACUGCACAGAAAGAAAGUAUAUGAUUGGAAUUGCGAAAAUAAAAGAAUACGAAGGUCGUAAACUAAUAGGGUUUUCAAUGGAGCAAAUAUUCGAAGUAGUGGCUGAUGUAGAAAAUUAUAAAAAUUUUGUACCAUUUUGUAAAAAAUCUGAUAUUAUAUUUAAAAAUGAUGAUAUGCUAAAAGCCAACUUAGUAAUUGGAUUUCCACCUAUAAAUGAAAGCUAUACAUCAAAAGUAACAACAGUGCGACCGCGUUUCGUAAAAGCUGAAUGUUCAGAUGGUAAACUAUUUAAUCAUUUAAACACAUUAUGGCUUUUCAAUCCAGGAUUAAAAAAUAAUCCUCAAACUUGCGUUAUUGAUUUUUUUUUAUCAUUUGAGUUUAAAUCAGUUAUUCAUUCACAUUUAUCAAAUUUGUUUUUUAAUGAAAUCGUAAGACAAAUGGAAAAUGCUUUUCUAAAUGAAGCUAAACGCAGAUAUGGAAGACCAUGUAUAAAAACAGUACGGCUAGAAAGGUGA